AUGAAGCUUGCUGUGGCUGCUGCGGUGUACGGCGUUGUCGCCGCGGCUCAAGGAAGCUCGCAUUCAACAGCCUGCUGCUUAAAACUCAACGAGGCCCCAGGUUUGGCAGACAAGGUUUACUUCCCUGAUUCAACCGACUACACGGACCGUAUGGACUCAUACUGGUCCGUAAGUGCCGCUCUGAACCCUUGGUGCGUCGUUCAACCCUCCAACGCCGAGGAUGUGUCAGUUACCCUCAAGACAAUCGCCGCAAAUAACUGCACUUUUGGUGUUCGAGGUGGCGGGCAUGGCUCCUUCGCCGGAUCGAACAGCGUGGAAGACGGCAUCACCAUCGACUUUGGCAACAUGAAUAGUACGACUUACCACCCCGAAACUAAGAUUGCAUCCAUCCAGCCUGGAGGUCAUUGGCAAACCGUCUACGACACUCUCGCGCCGCACGGCGUGGUUGUUACGGGUGGUCGCGCCGGCACAGUUGGCGUAGGCGGUUUCAUCACUGGAGGUGGCAACUCCUUCCACUCUGCGUCUCACGGGUUCGCGGCGGAUCAAGUUGCGAACUUCGAAAUCGUUUUGGCUGACGGUUCCAUUGUGGACGCCAACGCCACGUCCAAUGCCGACUUGUGGCAGGCCCUGAAGGGCAGCGGUGCCAACUUCGGACUGGUCACCCGCUUCGAUAUGUACACCAUCGAGUUUCCCGACCCCAAGAACCCCGUCAUCUGGGGCGGCAACCUCAUCUACGACCUGUCAGCUGGACCCAAGGUCGUUGACGCCCUGGUUGACUUCGCCGAAAACGUCCACAAGGACGAGAACAGCUCAUCCAUCGUGUAUUGGGCUUACAUCCCUGCCAUCGGCGGCAUGAUUCUCAAUGCGGCUAUUGAGAACACGUUGGGUGAAGUCGCUCCUCCGGCGUUCGACGCAUACUACGCUGCGGGCAACAUCACUCAAGACACUACCAAGGUCGACCUGAUGUCUGUUGUUGCCAACGAGCUUGGCGCAGGUCAGCCCGCAGGCUUCCGCAACGCAUGGUUCACCUUGGCUUUUGACAACGAUGCUCGCGUCAUGAACUACGCCGUUGAUAAGUUCUACACUCUCAACGAGGACUUGGAGAAUGCUGUUGGCGUCGACUCGGGGUUCAACACUCUCUGCAUGUUCCAGCCCAUCUCCAAGUCUAUCGUCGAAAAAGGCGUCAAGAAUGGCGGUAACAUUAUGGGUCUAGACCACUACAUUGAAAGAGGCAACGGAAUCAUGUUCCUGCUCACGCUGGCCAUCAACGGAGCCGAUAAAGAGGCCAUUGCCUUUGCAUUGGUUAAGGCUUACACCGAAGAUGUCGACAACUACGCAAAGUCACUGGAUUUGGCCUGGGAGUGGAAGUAUCUCAACUAUGCCCACAAAGUGCAGGAUGUAAUUUCCACCUUCGGUGAGGCCGCUAUCGAGAAGUUGAAAGCGGCUUCGGUCAAGUACGACCCUAGAGGUGUCUUCCAGAACUUGCGUCGCUCGGGCUUUAAGAUUCCCGUCUAG